GGAGGGGCGGCCAUGGGCCGCAGCCGCUCCCGGUCGCCGCCGCGGCGCGAGCGCAGGCGUUCGCGGUCCGCUUCACGGGAGAGGGAGAGGAGGCGAAGAGAGCGAUCCCGGUCCCGGGACAGGGACAGGAGGAGGAGCCGUUCUCGCUCCCCGCACAGGAGACGGUCCAGGUCGCCGAGACGGCACCGAUCCAGCUCCUCGUCCCCGCCGCGGCUGAAGGAGAGGCGGGAUGAAGAGAAGAAGGAGACGAAGGACUCCAAAAGCAAAGAGCGUCAGAUCACGGAGGAAGAUUUGCAGGGCAAGACGGAGGAGGAAAUUGAGAUGAUGAAAACGAUGGGCUUCGCCUCUUUCGACACGACGAAAGGGAAGAAGGUGGACGGCGCCGCAAACGCGUACGCCAUCAACGUGUCCCAGAAGAGGAAGUACAGGCAGUACAUGAACAGAAAAGGAGGAUUCAACAGACCCUUGGAUUUCAUCGCUUGACGCUGGGCUCGCUCGGGGGGAGAACCACCCGCCGAGAAGGACUUCGAUUCUUCGCCCGGGCGGCUCGGAGACCGGAUUUCAGAGGAAUUUGGGGUUAUUCCCAACAAAUCCCGCCGCGCUCGUCCUGCCCCGCAGCCAGAGCCGAGUACGAGUUGCCCUUUCCCGGAGUCUUUGAUUAUUAUUAUUAUUUUUUUUUUAACAAUAUCCCUCGUGGUUCGUUCCUCGCCGGGAUUCCGUUGUGUUUUUCCUGUUGUUUUUUUUUUUUUUGACAUCACGCCGUGUUUCCCCCCAACCCCAUUACAAUAAAACCCCGUAUAUAUUU